AAAAUAUCAUAAAUAAAUAUAUUGUUUUUAUUAUUUUAUUGCGUCGUGUUCUCUUGCAAGUGGUUAGAUACAAACCAUGUUGACGAUGAGAGUUUCUUCGUUAUUAAGCUGCACUCACACUUUCCAUGGUUCAUCGAUUCAACCUCAAAGCCUCUGCAACAGAAACGUUACUACUGUUACUACUACGGUAUUCAGUAGAAGAACUAGUUACAUUGGUGUAUCAAUGGCGGUGACAACUAGGGAGCAAGAGAUUGUGUUGGAAGAGGAGAAGAAGAAGCUUCAGUUAGGGAUUGCUGAGUUUUACGAUGAAUCUUCUGGAAUAUGGGAGGAUAUUUGGGGGGACCAUAUGCAUCAUGGAUUUUAUGAUCCUGAUUCUACUGUUUCGGUUGCGGAUCAUCGUGAGGCUCAGAUCCGAAUGAUUGAACAGUCUUUGAGUUUUGCUUCUCUUUCUGAAGACUCAACAAAAUGGCCAAAGAGUGUAGUUGAUGUUGGGUGUGGCAUAGGGGGCAGUUCAAGGUACCUGGCCAAGAAAUUUGGAGCAAGUUGUGUAGGCAUCACUCUCAGUCCCGUUCAAGCUGAAAGAGCAAAUGCUCUAGCUGCUGCUCAAGGAUUAGCUGACAAGGUUUCCUUUCGAGUUGCUGAUGCUCUAGAGCAACCAUUCCCUGACGGCCAGUUUGAUCUGGUGUGGUCGAUGGAGAGUGGAGAGCAUAUGCCUAACAAACCAAAGUUUGUUGGAGAGUUAGUUCGGGUAGCAGCACCAGGUGGCACCAUAAUUAUAGUAACAUGGUGCCAUAGGGAUCUUCGUCCCGACGAAAAAUCCCUACAACCAUGGGAGGAGAAUCUCUUGAAGAAGAUAUGUGACUCAUUUUAUCUUCCAGCAUGGUGCUCAACUGCUGAAUAUGUCAAAUUGCUUGAGACCAUGUCCCUUCAGGACAUCAAAUCAGCAGAUUGGUCUCCCUUUGUUGCUCCAUUUUGGCCAGCAGUUAUACGUUCAGCGUUAACAUGGAAGGGUUUCACUUCAAUCUUAAGGAGUGGGCUAAAAACUAUAAAAGGAGCUUUGGCUAUGCCAUUGAUGAUAGAAGGAUUCAGGAAGGGUGUAAUUAAGUUUGCCAUUAUCACAUGUCGAAAGCCUGAAAACUAGGAGGGUCGAUGAUUUUAUAUUUUAGUAUACUGAAACAGAUUCUUACAUGUCAUUUUUCUUUUGGCAGUUCACAAAUAGAAGAAAUAAAGAUAAGUGUUCUGCCACAUCAAAUCUUAUUAGGAUUGAAUAACUGAUAUUGAAGGAAAAAUGUAGCUUGCAAUCGAAAUGGUUGCUCAAUAUUGCUUUACAAACAAACAAAAAUGUUUGUUUAUUACAUCAUUUAUUGUUCUUGUACUGUAUAAUCAUUGUUUACCGAAGUUCCUUUUGAAUCUGUGUUUCUUUCAGUGAAUUUUCUUGAUA